AUGUCUCAAAAUUCAGCAUUCACAACCGAUAUUAUCGUUGAUCGCAACCAGAAUUAUGCAUCGAAGAUACACAGCCCAUUACCAAUGCUGCAUGACGCCAACGGUGUCCUCCGUAAAGGUACCGGGAUGCUCGUCGUGUCGUGUGUUGAUCCUCGCAUUAUCCCUGAAUCAUUCCUUGGUUUCCGAAUACCAGGGGAGAAUCCACUUGCUAUCCCAGUCAUCCGUGUGAUUGGGGGUCGGGCCAGGCAUGCUUUGGUCAACAUUGUUGGUUUGGAUGCUGUCUUUGGUAUUGACACUGUGGUUAUUAUUCACCAUACUGAUUGUGGUCUGACUCACAACACGGAAGAGUCAAUUCGGACUUCCCUGAAAACGAUGUUCCCUGGAAAACAAGAAACUAUUGAGAAUACGGAGUUUGGUGCGAUUGAGAAUCUUGAGCAAAGCGUGGUGGACGAUAUUCAAUUCCUGAAAUACUCCCCUCUGAUCAGGAAGGAGAUAGUUCUCAAAGGGUUUGUGUAUGACAUCCAUACUGGUAAAUUGAAGGAAAUUUGUAAGCUAGGCGAGCAUUCAUGAUAUUAAAUUGCAGACUUCUCUACGCAGGUAAGGAUUAUUAUCGCUAAAAAAAUACAACGUCCUAUACAGGUGGCAAAUACCUAUAAUAGACAUGUCAUGCACGCGGAAUAUAC